CAGCCUUUCAGCUCGACGUCACGGUCCGCUAUAAGCAUAAAGCGCUGGCAAGCUCCAAGCGCAGUCUGCUGGAUACCACUGAGUGGGAGAGAGUGAGAGAGGCGAGCCUUUAAAUCUCUGCGGUGCAGAGCUGGAAAAGCUGCUUCUCAGCGAAAAAUCAGACGCCCUAUUUACUCUGCUUAUUUGCUCCUAUUAUUUUCCUGGAGAAAAGAAAAAGGGACUUACAACCAAGAAGUUGCAACGAGGACUGGUGCCCGUCUCAGCGAACAAACGUGGUAUUUCCUUUAUUAUUAUUUAUGCUGAUUUUUUUUUCUUUUUUUUUUUAUGUGUGAAUACAUUUCUACUGAAGGGACUGAGGUUUUUACUUCUGCACUGAGUCGCACUGCUUUCUACCUCCUGCCCUGGUCUCUCUGCCAGAUUAUCCCAGCAGAAGUAGGCUAUAUGACGCAAACCGCCGAGCAUUAGUCUGAAAGUUUUCCUCCAAUACUUUUUUUUUUUCAUUUUCCUUUCUUUUUUUUCCACCAAUCACACGGUGUUUCAUGCUACAGCAAGUCAGUGCGCAGCGGUGGAGGAGCCAAAAGAACUAUUGCAUGAAACAAGAAGGGAGAGAAGAGACGCUGAUUAAUAAGUCAGUUUUUGCGACGCUCGCCAGCACCUUUGCAUAUCUGCAAAAGAGUCGGGACACCAACAUGAGCACAGAGCUGAGCAUGGGCCCGGAGCUACCCAGCAGCCCUCUGGCUCUGGAAUAUGUCAAUGAUUUUGACCUGAUGAAGUUUGACGUGAAGAAGGAAGGCCUGGCCGGGCUGGAGCGCAACGGGGUGCGCCAGUGCAACCGUCUCCAACCCCAAGGCUCUGUGUCCUCCACCCCCAUCAGCACACCCUGCAGCUCGGUGCCCUCCUCGCCCAGCUUCAGCCCCACAGAGCAGAAAAACCACCUAGAGGAGCUGUACUGGAUGCCGAACAGCGGGUACCACCAGCAGAUAGACCCGCAGACGCUAAGCCUGACCCCAGAGGACGCGGUGGAGGCCCUGAUUGGAGCCACGGCUCACGGCCACCCUCCACCUCCGCACGUCCAACAGCAGCUGCAGCAGCAAGGCGCUUUCGAGGGCUACAGGGGCCCGCAUCACCAUCACAGCCACCACGGCCACGGCCAGCAGCACCAUCACCCAUACGCGGGGGGCAUCCCGCACCACGCCGAGGAACUGUCCGGGCACCCGGGCGGACACAACCACCCACACAGCCAGCACCAUCAUCACCACAGCCAGGACCCCGACAGCCCGUCCCCGGUCUCCCCAGAGUCCCAC